GCUUUUGUAAGUUGGUGCUUUCGACUUGCUAGUUUGCCCACCUAGAGUUGUCUUUUGCUUCAACAUCACAAUGCUUUGCACGCGCACCAGGCCCGCAGCCCGUUUCCUGCAGUUGGCUAGCCGGACAUGUACACUUGCCUCUGUGCGAGGAAUGUCUCUUACAGCUACUGUGGAACGCACAAAGUCACAAAAGACACCGACUACACAAUUGUAUGUCAACGGAGAGUUCUUUGAGUCACAGACGAAGCAGUGGUUUGAGUUGCGCAACCCAGCAACUCAGGAGCUCGUAACGUUGGUACCACAAGCGACGCCGGAGGAAUUGAAGCAUGCGUCCCGAACCGCUGAAGAGGCAUUCAAGACAUGGAAACAGAGCAGCGUAUUGACUCGACAGCGGAUCAUGAUGAAUCUACAAUUGCUCAUAAGAGAUAACAUGGAUGAACUUGCGAAAUCCAUCACGACAGAACAAGGAAAGACAUUUCCAGAUGCCAAGGGUGAUGUCCUGCGUGGUCUGCAAGUAGUUGAGAACGCGUGUGGUAUCCCGUCGCUUCUGAUGGGUGAGAAGCUUCCCGUUGCGCGAGACAUGGACACGUUCACCAUCCGUGAACCAUUGGGCGUGGUCGCUGGUAUUGCCCCUUUCAAUUUCCCCGCUAUGAUACCCUUGUGGAUGUUCCCUUUGGCCAUCGCAACAGGCAACACAUGCCUCAUCAAGCCUUCGGAGCGGGAUCCGGGUGCUAUGAUGAUAUUGGCAAAGCUCGCUGAAGAAGCUGGUGUACCUAAAGGUGUUCUCAACGUUGUGCAUGGCGGUGUCGAUACUGUAAAUUUCCUCUGUGAUGACCCUGCAAUUCGUGCCAUCUCGUUUGUUGGCUCAGACAGAGCUGGAAAAUACAUUUUCUCACGCGGAACUGCCAACGGGAAACGGGUUCAAGCCAACCUUGGAGCAAAGAACCAUGGUGUGAUUAUGCCAGAUGCGAACAAAAACCACACCUUGAAUCAGCUUCUUGGAGCUGCUUUCGGAGCUGCUGGUCAGCGUUGCAUGGCGUUAUCUACUGUCGUGUUUGUGGGAAAAGCGAGGGAAUGGUUGCCGGAGCUUGUGGAACGCGCCAAGACGUUGAAGGUUACUGGGGGAUUUGAGGAGGGCGCUGAUUUAGGGCCACUUAUUACUCCCCAGGCUAAGGAACGCUGUGAAGAGCUGAUUCAAUCUGGUAUUGAUGAAGGCGCUACAUUGCUGCUGGACGGACGGAACCCUCAGGUUCCUGAGAAGUACAAGGCCGGAAACUUCGUUGGUCCAACCAUAUUAGGAGAUGUAAAACCGACAAUGCGAUGCUACACCGAAGAGAUCUUUGGUCCAGUUUUGGUAUGCCUUUCAGCUGACACCUUGGAUGAUGCGAUCAAGAUGGUGAACAGAAACCCGUAUGGCAAUGGAACUGCUAUUUUUACCAAUUCGGGCGCAAUUGCUCGCAAGUUCACGGAGGAGAUUGAUGUUGGCCAAGUCGGUGUGAAUGUCCCCAUCCCUGUCCCGCUGCCUAUGUUCUCGUUCACCGGGAGUCGCGGAAGCAUUCAGGGAGACCUCAACUUUUACGGAAAAAGCGGCAUUCAGUUUUACACUUCGACGAAGACAGUUACGCAACUCUGGAGACACGAAGAUGCCACUGAGCUGGAGGCAGCUGUCAACAUGCCUACCCAUCACUAAAAUGAUCAGACAGCAGUAUGUGUAGUGUUGCUUGCCAUAGAUAGCUAGUGAGACAGUAUAUGACAUAGGGCAUGUGAGGUAACGGAAGCAAUACAUCCACUAGUAGCAUGGCA